GGCCAACCGGGCAGCAAGGUUUCAUAGCCUGAUGACGCUGAUCAGGCUGCGCAAGCAACCGACCAGCUGCAUCAAUUCACCUCUCAUGAGCUCUAACAAUCACUCAGCGAAACAUAAAACCAAAACCUUCACCCUCAAUACCAUACAAUCUUAAGCUUUCCACCACAUCCGAUCUCAUCCCUCAAUCUUCCUACACCCAUCUCUUUCUUCUACCAACCCCUCAUCUGCCACAAUCCGAUUCAUCUCAGGUUGCCCCGCGCCAAUCCACCAACCACCGUCGCUUGGAUGGACCACGACGAGUUUGCCAACGUCUCAUGGCAGAAUGACCUAACAAGCCCUGAUGAAGAAGUAAUAAUAGGAAGCCCUGGAUCAGGCCAUGUCAUCCCGGCUAUGGAUCAUUCAAAUAAUCAAUCGGAAGCUCCUCAUGGACAACUAGGAAAUACCGCGGAUGCGAUGGAUCUUGCAGGUGUGGGCGAUGCGAGACUGGACUGCACAGUUACCGCUCCUAUCAAAGAGAAUGAUGGCACGAAAGACGCAUAUGUUUCUUACUUGGUCACUACACAUGUUGGUACUCCCAAGGUCCUUUAGUUGCUUAUACUUCCCCCAUCGGCCGGACGUCCUGUGUCUCAUCCUGUGUCUCAUCGCAUUUUCUCCCUAACAUGAAGUCAUACAAGAUUGGACUUUAUCAGACAUUUGCUAAUCAUCGCAGACCGAUUUCCCAUCUUUCCAAAAAUCUACGACUUCCGUUCGCAGACGAUUUACAGAUUUUGUCUUCUUGUACAAGUCAUUAUGCAGAGAAUACCCGGCGCAAGCGGUCCCGCCUCUGCCAGACAAGCACGCAAUGGAGUAUAUACGAGGCGAUCGAUUUGGACCGGAUUUUACGUCGCGACGAGCGAAUUCUCUCCAUCGAUUUCUUGCGCGAUUAUCACUCCAUCCAGUCCUCAGAAAAAGUUCCCUUCUCAUUAUUUUCCUCGAGAGCGUAGAUUGGAAUGCCACUAUGAAAAGCCGUCCUCAACGGGGAUCAUCAGCAUCCGAUCAGGCCGCUGGUGGAGUCUUCGACAAUUUCACAGACACGUUUAUCAAUGUCUUUACCAAAGUUCAUAAGCCGGAUAGACGGUUUAUUGAGGUUCGGGAAAAGUCCGACAAACUUGAUGAAGAUCUUGGACAUGUUGAGAAGAUUGUGGCUCGUGUGGCUCGACGGGAGGGUGACUUGGAAACCGAUUACAAAGAUUUGGCAGAACAAUUUCAAAGACUGCUUUUACUGGAGCCGGAAGUUGAGAGUGCCGUACAUGCAUUUGCUGCGAGUGUAGAAGACACAUCGGCAGGGAUGAGAAAGCUGAAGGAGCAAACCGAUCAGGAUUAUCUGGGUCAUUUGCGAGAUAUGCAGGCAUACAGUACUACACUCAAGAGCCUUCUGAAAGCUCGGGAACAGAAACAACUUGAUUUUGAACAGCUGACAGAAUAUCUUGCGAAAUCUACCAACGAUCUAGCCAUACUGCGCUCGCCGGGUGGAGCUCAUACCGGCACGGCAGGAUUCUUUCGCAGCAAAAUUGAGGAUGUACGUGGGGUGGACCACGAGCAAGCACGCCGAGAACGGGAAAGGAAGCUGGAUGUACGGAUAGACGAGUUGACGCGUGGGGUCGAAGAGACCAAGAAACUUACGGAAGCUUUUGAUGAGGAAGUGGUUCGUGAGGUGGAAAUAUUCGAGCGGAUCAAGAGAAUUGAGUUCAAGACGCAAUUCGGAGGGCUUGCGGAUGCACAUGUUGAAUUCUACGGAAAUACGAUUGAUGUUUGGGAGAGAUAUAUUAAGGAUAUGGAGAACCUAGGAGCACCGAUUGCGUAGAGCUUGGGCUGGAUGGGGCUGG